GCAGCACAAAUCACUGUGGACAAAAACAGAGAGAAGUUUGGUAUUUCGAUUUGCAAUGGAUUCCUCUUCCCAGCGAUGGAGCUUGAGCGGCAAGAGCGCCCUCGUCACGGGAGGGACUCGUGGAAUCGGGCGAUCGGUUGUGGAGGAGCUUGCCGGGCUUGGAGCUUCCGUGUAUACAUGCUCGCGCUCCGAGAAGAACUUGAACGAGCGGCUCCAGGAGUGGCGUCAAUCCAACCUCGACGUCCAUGGCUCCACCUGUGAUCUUUCCAAGCCCAGCGGGAGAGAAGAACUCGUGAAGCUUGUGGCCCAACACUUCGGCGGAAAGCUUGACAUCCUUGUAAACAACGUAGGGACCAAUGUGCGGAAGCAAUCCACGCUCGACUACACCACCGAGGACAUAUCUACAGUUUUCUCCACAAACUUUGAGUCGGCCUUUCACAUAUCGCAAUUGGCUCAUCCUUUGCUCAAAGCCGCUGGAAACUCCAGCCUGGUUUUCAUCUCCUCGGUGGCCGGAGUGGUGGCCAUCGCCACGGGGGCACUCUACGCAGCCACCAAAGGUGCCAUGAAUCAACUCACGAAGAACUUGGCGUGCGAGUGGGCUCAAGAUGGGAUCCGUGUCAAUGCAGUGGCGCCGUGGUACAUCAAAACGGACCUGGUUGAAGAGAUUUUGGCAAAGCCCGGCUAUGAAGCUGCUGUUUUGGAUCGAACGCCCGCAAGACGAGUUGGAGAGCCUCGUGAAGUGGCUGCUGUUGCUGCGUUCCUGGCAUUGCCGGCUUCGUCCUAUGUUACUGGACAAGUGAUUUGUGUUGAUGGGGGAUUUACUGUCUAUGGUUUCUCUCUUCCUCAUUAAAUUCCCUUUCAGAUAAUGAAGAUUUUGUUAAUGGUUU